CGACGGGACCUGAGCCGAAGGACAGGCCUCUCAAGCCUCAGGUCCCCGAGCCACCCCGCUUUCUUUCGCUCCUCCUCUGAGACCCAGACUCUCCACCCUCCUUCUAGGCUCGCUGGCUCGUGGCCAAGGAGCUCGCGCCUCGCCUCCGCCCCGCACGCAAACAGCUGUUCCCAGAGACGUCGCCGCCCUCAACUUGGCCAACUAGCCCGCACGCACUUUGACCAGCGGAGCAACCCGGACUUGCGGGCUAGGGGCUGUUGGCAGAGUUAGGAAAGAAAGGUGAAACCGCUGGUAGUGGGACCGCGAGUGGCUUGGGCUUCGUUCGCCUUAGAACUUUCCCGUGGCGGCAGAAAGCCCCGCCCCUCCCCCGCGACGCCCGCGCGCUCCGGGCGGCUCGUUCCUGCGCGUGGGCAGCGGCUGCCGCGGCGCGAGUGGCGCAGAGGCGGCGGCGGCGGCGGCGGCGGCGGCAGCGACGGCGGCCGUGAGCGUAGAGGCAGCGGCGGCGCUUACGCUUGUCAGGCUGGGUGAUGCUAUAAAGCAAGAUGAUAUGAUAUGGUAGACUUUGGGAAGAGAACAGUGAUAGUGAAACCUUAGAGAUUUAAAGCAAUAAUAGAAAAAUCUGCAGUCUACUUUACAGUGAAUGUGUUAUCCUAGGCCAAGACGCUUGAGAGAACAAAAUUUUCAGCAGCAUUGCCUCAGUUUGAGUAGAAUAUCGACAAACCAAGAGAAUUUGAAGCACCUUUCCUGAAGUUAACCUAUGUACAGAGUUCCUUCACAGCCUUAGUUUAGUUGAAGAUUUUACCCAAAUUGGUCCCUGCACUCUGCUGCCUGAUAAUUGAACCUGCUCGGAACUUUUCUCAUGUGGAUCUAAGGGGAAUGCUUUAUUAUGGCUGCUGUUGUCCAACAGAACGACCUAGUAUUUGAAUUUGCUAGUAACGUCAUGGAGGAUGAACAACAGCUUGGUGAUCCAGCGAUUUUUCCUGCAGUAAUUGUGGAACAUGUUCCUGGGGCGGAUAUUCUCAAUAGUUACGCUGGUCUGGCCUGUGUGGAAGAGCCCAAUGACAUGAUUACUGAGAGCUCCCUGGACGUCGCUGAGGAGGAAAUCAUUGAUGACGACGACGACGACAUCACCCUUACAGUUGAAGCUUCUUGUCAUAAUGGGGAUGAAACAAUUGAAACUAUUGAGGCUGCUGAGGCACUCCUAAAUAUGGAUUCUCCUGGCCCUAUGCUGGAUGAAAAACGAAUAAAUAAUAAUAUAUUUAGUUCAUCUGAAGAUGACAUUGUUGUUGCCCCAGUCACUCAUGUAUCCGUCACAUUAGAUGGGAUUCCUGAAGUGAUGGAAACUCAGCAGGUGCAAGAGACAUAUGCGGACUCACCAGGAGCCUCAUCACCAGAACAACCUAAGAGAAAGAAAGAGGCCAAAUACUUAUGCAGAGCUGUUCUGAUUUCAGGGAGGAAAACUAAACCACAACGACCAGAUUCCCCAACCACUACACCAAAUAUAUCUGUGAAGAAGAAAAACAAAGAUGGGAAGGGAAACACAAUUUAUCUUUGGGAGUUUUUACUGGCCCUGCUCCAGGACAAAGCUACCUGUCCUAAAUACAUUAAAUGGACCCAAAGAGAAAAAGGCAUUUUUAAAUUGGUAGAUUCUAAGGCAGUAUCCAGGUUGUGGGGGAAGCACAAAAACAAACCUGAUAUGAAUUAUGAGACCAUGGGAAGAGCACUCAGGUACUAUUACCAAAGGGGUAUUCUGGCAAAAGUGGAAGGCCAGCGCUUGGUGUAUCAGUUUAAAGAAAUGCCGAAAGAUCUUAUCUAUAUAGAUGAUGAGGAUCCAAGUUCCAGCAUAGAGGCUUCAGAUCCUUCACUGUCUUCAACAACCACUUCAAGUCGGAAUCAAGCAAGCCGAUCAAGAGUAUCUUCAAGUCCAGGGGUAAAAGGAGGAGCCACUACAGUUCUAAAACCUGGGAAUUCUAAAGCUACAAAACCCAAAGAUUCCACGGAAGUUGCACAGCCGUCAGAAGUUUUGAGGACAGUGCAACCCUCACAGUCUCCAUAUCCCACCCAGCUCUUCCGGACUGUUCACGUAGUACAGCCAGUACAAGCUGUCUCAGAAGGAGAAGGCACCAUAACCAGUAGCAUGCAGGAUGAAACAUUAAAUUCUUCUGUUCAGAGUAUUAGGACAAUACAGGCUCCAACCCAAGUUCCAGUAGUUGUAUCUCCUGGGAAUCAACAACUGCAUACGGUAACACUCCAGACAGUGCCACUCACAACGGUUAUUGCCAGCACAGAUCCAUCAGCAGGUGCUGGAUCUCAGAAGUUUAUUUUACAAGCCAUUCCAUCAUCACAGCCCAUGACAGUACUGAAAGAAAAUGUCAUGCUACAGUCACAGAAGUCAGGCUCUCCUCCUUCAAUUGUGUUUAGCCCUGCCCACGUCCAGCAGGUUCUCACUAGCAAUGUUCAGUCCAUUUGCAAUGGAACCGUCAGUAUGGCUUCAUCUCCAUCCUUCAGUGCUACUACACCUGUAGUGACCUUUUCUCCUCGAAGUUCACAACUGGUUGCUCAUCCACCUGGCACUGUAAUCACUUCAGUGAUAAAAGCUCAAGAAACAAAAACUCUUAAUCAAGAAGUAGACAGAAAAGAGGCUGAAGAUCAUUUGAAAGAAGACACUGAGAAAACUGAACAACAGCCACAGCCUUAUGUGAUGGUGGUAUCCAGUUCCAAUGGAUUUACCUCUCAGGUAGCUAUGAAACAAAAUGAACUACUGGAACCCAACUCUUUUUAAUGAAUAUGCCAAAGGAAUUAUUGGUAGUUGGUUUUUAAUUCAACUCAUUAUCAGCUGUAUGCAAACAAUCUGAUUGAUUCUAAGAUAAAUGCUACAGAGGUUCUUAAUUUUGUAACUGUUAAAAAAAUUGAGUUAAUUUUGACUUUGUUAGAUGAGGGAGGAAAACCCAAGUGUUUCUCUUUGUUCUCCGAAUGUUUCAGGAUUCAGUUGUGAAGGAACAGACAUUUUAUACUAUGAAGACAUUCUUUUGAGAUUUUUUUUUCAGUUAUAAGUAUUUUUAAAGUUUCUUUUCUAAUUUUACAUUGUAUUAGGUUUUCUGAUUCUUUUGUAAAUAUAGUGCUUAUGUGUAAGGCAAAAGGAAAUUUAUAUAGGAAUUAUUUUCAUUCCACUUAAGUCUUGACUCUUUGAAAUGCCAGAAACCUAUUUUAUGCUUUGUUAAAAUUAUGAUGCCAUUUAGAUUUUUAGUUAGCUACACUGUAUAUUGAGCUAUGAAUACCUAAAAUAACAUUAAAAAUUGAAGUGUGCCCAGGAUAUGGCUGUGAGCCUGUUUUAAAAUCAGGACAGUGUAAAUGCAUCAGCCUAAGAAUGGCUUUCCCACUAACUAGCUGUGCAACACUGGGCAGCCACUUGAUUUUUUGAGGCUUUUGAUUGUCUCAUAAAAGGAAGCACUGGACUAAACCAAAUGAUCUCCAAUUUCCCUUCUAGUUCUAAACUUUAUGAUUCUAACACCUACUUUUUAAAGUUAUGUCCACCAAAACAUUAUCAGGUUAUUUCCUAAUAUAAAUAUAACUAAAAUAUUACAGAAAAAUAAGCUGUCCUGCAAAAUUCAUUCUAUUAUUAUGAGUAAGAUCUUCCAUAACUUCUUCCUAAUUACUUUAACUCUUUAGGCCACUAUGCAUUGUGGUCCAAUAGGAAACAUGUUGCUGAGUGCUGAAUGACAUACUGCUAAUUUGAGAGUCAAGGCUUUCUUAAGGGCCAAUAAAGCAACUUGAGCCUUGUGCUAAACUGGCUGAGUAGCCAGUUGUUAUAAAAGCACAAUUGCUUUAUAUUUUGGAUCAUUUUUACUGGGGGUGAAUGGGGAAGGGAAACUGCAUACAAAGGUAACAUAGUAUAUAUCCAAGUUUCUGGAAUUAAAUUUUUUAAUUGCUUUUUCAGCUGUAAAUAAUGUACAUUUCAUGUCACAGGAAAAAUUUUUUCUGCAAAUUUUCUAGUAUAGCAAAGAAAAAUUUUUGUAGAUGAAAAAUCAUUGUUUGUUUAGAGGUCUAAUGUUAUAUGUUUCAUAUUACAGAGUGAAUUUGUAUGUAAACAAAAAUUUAAAUUUUGGAAUCCUCUAAACGUUUUUUGUAUCCUUAAUUGGUUUAUUAUUAAAUAAAUCAUGUAGAAAUUCUUAAUA